AUGCCGUCAUUCAAGUCUUUCUCAACUGUCGCCAGCGGCAGGAGUAGUGUCACCUUGUUUGACAUUCGUCUCGACAACGACUUUAUCGUCUUUCGCGGUUCAGAGCACGAGUCAGCCGGCCAAACUCUCAAGGGCUCUGUUGUUCUGUGCCUCUCAGCCCCUCUCAAAAUUGAAGAUGUACACCUCCGAUUCACUGGUGACCUACGCUUUUCGUGGGACCAGUCCCGCACCCCCACCUCCAGCAUGUCGAGCCACAAGGUUGACAGGCAUACCGAGCUCCUCCGCCACCGUUGGGCGCCAUUCGUCAAGAGCCAGAACGGCGAGAAGAAGGUUCUCGAGGCCGGCAACUAUGAAUGGCCUUUCAAACUCGAUCUCUCCGGCGAGACUCCCGAGAGUGUCGAGGGAAUCCCUGAAGCCAGCAUCACUUACCGUCUCAAGGCGACCGUAGCUCGCGGCAAGCUUUCUCACGACCUUCAUGCGUACAAGCCCCUGCGCAUUGUUCGCACACUGGAGCCUUCGGCGCUAGAGUUCCUUCACGCCAUGAGCGUCGAGAACAUCUGGCCGAACAAGGUCGACUACUCUAUCAUUAUACCGCAAAAGGCCGUUGUCUUUGGCGCGACAGUCCCGCUGGAAAUGCGAUUUACGCCUCUGCUGAAGGGCCUCGAAAUGGGCGACAUUACGAUCAAGAUGGUGGAGAUUCGCGAGAUGAGCACGCCAGGCACCCCCUCGCGAGAUCACCGGACAGAACGCGAGGUGUCCUCGUGGAGUUUCGGAGUCACAGCAGAAGACAACUGGCAGGACAUGAUCGGCGACACGGGCCAGGAGGGAUGGACAGUCAACAAGAAACUCAACCUGCCCAAGCGACUAAAGCAGUGUGUGCAAGACGUCAAUCACCACGGCAUUAAGAUCAGACACAAGCUCAAGCUUGUUGUCGCUCUCAAGAACCCCGACGGCCACGUCUCAGAGCUUCGGGCGACUCUUCCCGUUUCCAUCUUCAUCUCCCCAAACAUGCCCCUCGACGAACACGGCGUACUCCUCGACUCUGCCGUCGGUUCUACCCCUCCCGAAUCCGACCACACAACCAUCGCGCCUCCUGGCUACGGCGAACACAUACUCGAUCAACUGUUCGAAGACGUUGACACUGGAGCUGGCUUCCAGACGCCUGGUAUCCAAUCUGGAUUCAGCUCACCUUUCUACGCGCAAUCCCGCGCCGGUUCUUCUGAUAACCUCCACUCUCUCGGUAUGACAAGUGCCCACGGCGUGGCACCCGCUGCCCUCACUUCGCGUCUGCAAAAUGUUUCUCUGGAUCCUUCCGAGCGGAUGCAACCCACCGACGUCAUCAGCGCUUGGUCGAACCCACCGACGAGCCACCCUUCGCAGCCUGCCUCUGCGGCCCUGACACGCCACAAUAGCGCCGAGGAUGAGCGCAAUGGUGGGAACAGCAACGACUCGCCCCGACCUUCGGGCCGCAACUCGCCCGAGCACGUAGAGAGCCUCGACGUGGCGACCCUCAGCAAGGUGCCCAGCUAUACUACGGCGCUGAAGACGCCAGCACGCUCGCGGGCAGCGAGCCGCGGUGAGGUACUGCCCGAUUACUUGACAGCCAUGAGCGCACCUUCGACACCCAUGCCGAGCGACCGCCCUGAAGUCGACCCCCUGGACGUGAUUCACGAAUCCGUGCCUACCGGCUCACGCACAGCGCCUGGAACACCACCCCUGACUGAGAGGCACAUCCAUCCGUGGAACCGAUCGACGAGCAUGAAUAGCAUCCUGCAGCAGGUCGGUGUUGACGACCGACGCCUUCAUUUGAUGCAAGCCCGGGAUCGUGUCGUCUAA